GAGGCCGACACGUUCACAGACCGGCGGAUCUUGCCUUCUUUGGCGACGCGCCCCCCUUCCCUUUUUCUGUAGCACCUUUGAGCUUUAUGCUCUGCUCCCAUUACUUUAUCAAGAAAUCUCAGGACAAAUCCUGCGGGACUUUAGUUAGAGAGAGACCGAUGGCGGCGGCGAGCGUCGGCGGCGGAGCGGCGCCGUUCGUGUGGAAGACGUACCGGAUGGUGGAGGACCCCGGGACGGACGGGGUCAUCGGGUGGGGGAAGGGGAACAACAGCUUCGUCGUCGCCGACCCCUUCGUCUUCUCGCAGACCAUGCUGCCCGCGCACUUCAAGCACAACAACUUCUCCAGCUUCGUCCGCCAGCUCAACACCUAUGGCUUCCGCAAGGUGGAUCCGGACCGGUGGGAGUUCGCCCACGGCUCCUUCCUCCGGGGCCAGACGCACCUCCUGCGCAACAUCGUCCGCCGCGGCACCGCCGCCGCCGCGGGCGGCGGCGGCGGCAAGCGUAAGGACGCGGCGGCGGCUGGCCUCACCGACGACGACAUGACCAUGGUCGCCACGGAGGUGGUGAGGCUGAAGAAGGAGCAGAGCACCAUCGACGACAGGGUGGCCGCCAUGUGGCGCCGCGUGCAGGAGACGGAGCGGAAGCCCAAGCAGAUGCUCGCGUUCCUCCUCACCAUCGUCGGCGACCGCGACACGCUGCAGCGCCUGGUCGGCAACAGCGGCAACGCAGCCGGCGGCGAUCAGGAGCCGGUGGAGGGCGGCGAGAAGAGGGCGAGGCUGCUGCUUGACGGCGACUUCGGCAACGUAUCCGCGUUUGGGCCGGACGCCGUCGACUUCGCCGGGUUCUACACCGACGACGCGUUCGCCAAUGUGCCGGUGCCGGUGGAGGCGGCCGCCGGGUCGGGCGGUGCUGGUGCCGGCUGCACGUUUGCGUUUGGAGUGGACAGUGGGUACUGAGUAGUGACGCCCGACAGAAAUUGUGCCGCCCGCGUGUGCUAACUGCUUGGAUUAUGGCCGAAUUAUUGGCAUUGCGUGACUCUGCCAUUUUGACCGCUAUAUGUUCCCAGUUUGCCUUGUUCCAGGGAUGACACAGUUUGCAAA